CUCCUCCCAGCAGUGCCCAGGGUCUCGGUGCUCAGGAGUCACGCUGAAUGGCCUGUUCCGCCGCCCAGUCUGUGGAGACAAUGUUAUGUCCUGUGGUGAGACCAGGGCUGAGUGACGGAAGGCAGCCCCACCUCAAUCCGGAAAGAGUGGUCCCCGCUCACCACCCACCACAGGCACUUGGCUUGAACAUUGACCAGGCUCACCGAGGGGGUCAGGAAGUGAUUUUGAAGCAAGUGUCCUGCAUCCUUGCUGGCAGAGGCGCUGUAAGGCAUGCGGACUGGGGCACGGGGGCUAGGUUCUGCAAACCACCAGAGCCUGGAUUUUAUUCUGUCGCAGCCCCAGCUCGGCCAGGCUGCAGUCAUCCUGGUUGGGGGAGCCCAGAAGGCCCUGCAUACCAUCCCAGGGAGCACUACCUCACUCUCCGGAAUCAUCAAGACUCCGUCCUCCUGGCACUGAGGCACGGCGCCUCCCUGGUGCCCGUGUACCCCUUUGGGGAGAAUGAUGUCUUCAGAGUUAAGGCUUAUGCCCCAGACUCCUGGCAGUGUCUGUUCCAGGUCACCUUCAAGAAGUUCCUAGGCAUUUCUCCUUGCACCUUCUGGGGCCGUGGUGGUCUCUUCUCAGCCAAGUCCUGGGGCCUGGUGCCCCUUGCCAGACCCAUCACCAUUGUGGAAAGAACUUGUUGGAGCGUAACUGAAUGCAACUCUUUGUCUUCCGCUGUCUUGGAAAAUUUAUUCGGUGGAAGAAUUUUCUUUUUCCCUGGAUGAAAAUCUUGGCAAUCCUCUGACUUACCUGUUACUUCUCAGUCAUGGAUGGAUGUAAGAGUUGCACCAUAAAGAAGGCUGAGCACUGAAGAAUUGAUCCUUUCAAACUGUGGUGCUGAAGAAGACUCCUGAGAAUCCUUUGGACUGCAUACAGAUCAAACUACUCAAUUCAAAAGAAACAACCCUGAAUAUUCGUUGAAAGGAAUGAUGCUAAAGCUGAAACUCCAGUACUUUGGCUACCUGAGGUAAAGAGCUGACUCACUGGAAAACACCCUGGUGCUGAGAAAGACUGAAGGCAAAAGGAGAAGGGGACAACAGAGGAUGAGAUGGUAGGAUGGCAUCACCGACUCAAUGCACAUGAAUUCAAGCAAAACCGGGAGAUAGUGGAGGACAGGGGAGAUUGGCCAGCUGCAGUCCACGGGGUCACAAAGAGUCUGACACCACUUAGUGAUCAACAACACCGCCUC